AUGACGGAGCCUGUCAAUAUAGGUCACUCGCUUGUGCUUUUCCUAGGACUUCAUCUAGUUGAAGGAGGGAUCAGAGCAAAGAACUUAAAGAUUCAACAGAAUCGUGUUCGGGAAUCUAUUGCACGAGUUUAUCCUGUUCUCUCUGUACCUUGCCCAAAUGCCCUCUGGCAUAUUGAUGGCGAUCAUAAAUUGAUAGAACCAUACAGAAUUGUCAUUCAUGGUGGGAUUGACGGGUAUUCCUGCCUUAUCGUAUAUUUAAGGGCUUCAACAAAUAACAAGGCCAAUACUGUUCUUGAUCUUUUCCAAGAGGCUGUCAGCCUUUACAACCUACCGUCUCGUGUUCGUUCAGACCAAGGUUUGGAAAAUGUCGAGGUAGCACGGUUCAUGUUGCGUGAACGAGGCUUGAACAGAGGCAGCACAAUAACUGGUAAGUCGGUUCACAACCAACAAAUAGAACGUUUAUGGAGAGAAGUUAAUCGUACGGUGGUAAGCAAGUUUAAGAACAUAUUCAUGUACCUAGAAACAAGUGGAUUGUUUGAUCCACUGAACGAAAUUCACCUAUUUUGUCUUCAAUAUGUGUAUGUCCCGGAAGUUAAUAACUCCCUAGAGGAACUGACUAGAGUCUGGAAUUAUCAUGGCCUUACCACUGAAAGAAAUUGA